UAAAAAUGAAUUAUGUGAAGAGAUCCUGUGCGUGCGAGCAGUAGUACUGUGAAAUACAUUAAUCCAUUCCCAAAACUUAAAAUCAAAACCCUAGCAAUGAUGCGAGGCCUCUUCUCCCGGAAUCUAAUCAAUGUCGGCAAAUCCUCGGUAACAUCGGCCAACUCCGUCUCCGGCGGUAAAAGGUGCUAUGGCUUGGUACCAAUGGUGAUUGAACAUUCAUCGAGAGGGGAGCGCGCCUACGACAUUUUCUCUAGGCUGCUGAAAGAGCGCAUCAUUUGCAUCAAUGGCCCCAUCUCCGACGAUACCGCCCACGUCGUCGUCGCGCAGCUGCUCUUCCUCGAGUCGGAGAAUCCCGCUAAACCAAUUCACAUGUAUCUGAAUUCACCGGGUGGCGCUGUUACUGCUGGUCUUGCUAUCUAUGACACGAUGCAGUAUAUCAGGUCUCCCAUAAAUACCAUAUGUCUUGGUCAAGCUGCAUCAAUGGCUUCUCUCCUACUGGCUGCUGGUGCAAAGGGUGAAAGGAGGUCCCUCCCAAAUGCUACAAUCAUGAUACAUCAGCCUUCUGGUGGGUACAGUGGGCAGGCUAAAGACAUAAGUAUCCAUACCAAGCAAAUUAUUCGUGUUUGGGACUCAUUAAAUGCUCUUUACGUUAAGCACACGGGGCAAUCACUUGAAGUAAUCCAAACAAACAUGGACCGUGAUUAUUUCAUGACCGCUGAGGAGGCCAAGGAGUUUGGAAUAAUAGAUGAGGUUAUAAAUGAGAGGCCAGUGGCACUUGUGACUGAUGCUGUAGCAAAUGAGGGAAAAGAUAAAGGCUCAAGUUAAUCUCAAUUUAUUCACAUCCCCUGGAUGCAAUUCUGACGUUGCUUUUUGAUGAAUUCUUGUUGGUCAAGACUGAAGAGGCACCAAAGGGGAAGUAAUUGACCAAAUCACAAUAAAUACUGUUCAUGUUUUUGUAUCUUAUUGUGGUACAAUCGUCAUAAAGAAAAGAAUAAUCUUUUGUUCCUUGCUUCCCCCUAUUAACUCCUUUCUUCUCUUUGAUCGUGUAGUAUUCACCUUUAUAUUCUCUUUUGAAAGUGAAAUAGCUUCAGCCAUAA